ACGAAGCAGAUCAGACACGGCAGCAGCGACAAGUGUCUGGCGAUCACGGAGAGCAAGCAGCGGCUGGUAAUGGACGAGUGCUCGCCGACAGCCGCGAGGCAAAGGUGGUCCUUCGAGAACUAUGACCCAACGAAGCUGUGAUAUCGCGCCUUUUCACGUCGCCAGUCGCGGAACACCGGCCGGAAGUUCGAUCGUCCCGGCACAUGGAUCUCCGACCAACGGUACUCGGUCGCUAAGACCCGUUUCGGUAGAUAGAUCCCGUGGUCUCGGGGCCGCGAGGCCUCGAUCCAUCGUCGACUGGACGCCCGGGCGAAGACGAAGAGGACGAGAAGGGCGGCGCGGCUUUCCUCGGGGAGCUCGCCGGCCGAGAAAGAAACCGGGAAUCCUCCGGGAACGAGGCUUCGGGAGGCCGAGAGGAGACGCACCGGCCGCCGAUCGCCGGCUUCCCGAGAUUAUUCGGGCAGACGCAAGUGCAAUAGAUUCGUCGACUUGAGGGCGACCGAGGAGGGACUUACGCCUUCGGCGAAACAGCGACUGAUGUACAAUAAGGGGCGCGAGAGAGUCUGAGAGCUGGCCCGUGUUUCGGCCACGCUUUCGCUGGCAUUGAACGAUCGAUUUGUUCUCGCGGAACAGUUUGGCCCGCGAGGGUUUUAGUAUUAGCUUGUUGCAGACGGACGAUUUUACUCGACGACCCGAGAUCAACUCCGGAUCCGGAGUCCGGAUUCUAGGAUUUGUUUGCGAUGUUCGAACGGCCGUAGCGAACACAGUCUUCUCGUUUCGACGAUCCUUUCGUUCGCUCUGUUACGAGAGACGGAAAGUCGAACGUUCUUUAGCUGGUACGGUUUUGUAAAUAAUUCGACGCCGGUGGAAACCGAGCCAUCCUGCAUUUACUUGCGCGAACCGUGAAUCGUCGCGACCGAACUUUUUACGCGGAUAGCCUUUAUCGAUCGCAGUUGUUUCGUCGCUGUCGCAAGCUCGCGGUGCGAAUGAAUUUGACGCGCUUUUAUCGGGAAAGCUGCGGACGAUGAACCCGAUGAUCAUCUUCACCCGUGAAAGUAUCGUGGUAUAUACUUCGGAUGCAACAACCUAAUAUAACGUUGGAAUGAUCGGAGAUUGUUCUUUUAAUUUUGUUCCCUGUUAAUCAGAGACUCGAGUUCGUUCAUUGGAUUUUCAACGAUGUUUGUCGAGGUUUUAUUGUUGCUUUCUUUUUAUUCGGUUGCAGAGUUGACUCUGGUUACGUUUGACAAUUUUUAAUCGAUCGAUCGGACGCGACGAGUUUUGCACCCUUGUAGAAUACACGCGGACGGAAACGAGGGUUCCAACGGCUGAUUCUGUAGAUUAAGACAAUAAUUAGGUUGUCAAUGCGUCAGUGGCAGCGAAACGCGUGUCGGAAGUAUGCGUUCCUUACGAUUCGAUUCCUUCUCGACGAUGGCCGAACGAACGCGACCGCGUCGAUCUCCGAGGAGGCAGCCUCGAUCGUCGCUUUCGUUCGACCGUGGACGUUUCAAUAAGGAUCGAGAACUGUUCGUGGAAGCUGCUUGCGGCGUGUGCCAUCACAGGGAAAACGACGUGUCGCGAUUCUAUCUGUUGCGCAACGAAUCGUUGACUGGCCAACGACUGCGAAAUUUCAAGCGCGAUUCUACAAAUGUUUGGCUGCGAAACGAACUCCGAUGGAAAUCCACCGACAGAUGUCGCGAGACUUUCUAAAGUUACCGAAGUCUUUCCGUUUGUUCCUUCUCUGUAAAUUGUAAACCUUCGCUGAAUAUUUUAAGUGUUCGAAAUUUUGAAUAGGUUUGGAAGAAGGCCAUCGCUUUCGUAGAAGCAUACAGCGAACGAUGUAGAAAAAUUGUUGACAACGUUAUUUAAUCGUAGCCGAUGUUGCAUCGAAUUUGUUUCGCGUUGAUUUUCAUCGACGAUCUCUUGUUUCGAGAUUUUACGAUUUGUUCUAUCUACCUACAUAUCAAAUGAAUUGUUACGAGUACCGCUGUUCGAAGAAUCAAGAAUCCAACUUUUGGGACAGCUGGGCGAAUUCAUUUUUAUCUGAAAUAAUGUUUCAAGGUGUACGCUAACGUUAUCAACCCUUUGCACUCGAAGCUGUUUUAACUGUAAACCUAAAAUAAUUUUUCUGACUUAUAGCAUUUUCAUGUUAUACGAUAUUAUGAAAUUGAGUCUUGUGACCUCGCGCGACAGUUACACUUUUUACACAAUUUUGUCGAUCUGAACUUCGUUGAUACAAGAAUUAUUUUAGAACGUGAUGUAACAAAUUUUAGCGGUGUCUCGGAGUCGUCAUCUCGAGUGCGAAGGGUUGAGCCUUGAGCUCGAUGAAUUUUCCUCGACAUAUCACGUCGAAUUUAAGAACUUCGAUGCGUAGAAUCUCGGAAUUCUAUGCAUUACAUUCCUGCAUAUCAGUAUUCAACGUUUAAUCUCGAAGUCGAUCACGUUCGCCUAUAUUUUAACCAAACGCAAAAAGUAAAUUACUAUUUAGAACAUUUCAUAAAUCGGUUCGUAUUUUAUGCGACGGUUCUUCAUCGUUUCGAUCUUAGAACUUUUGAAGCCGGAACUUGAAAUCGAGCUGAGAAAAAAUAAGGAAUACGCUACGCAUUCUCCGUAGAAUAAUUUCGAAAAAUAAUUUAUCGCUUCGAGAACGAUAUCAAUCCCUUCAAAAAUUGUCCAUUAUAUAUCGUUUAAUUUGAAAAGAAAUAUAUCUUUAUUUGAAUUUCAGCUAUA